UGUUGUGCUCUGAGACUGGGCUGGGAGGAGGAGGAGGAGGAGGAGGAGGUGAGGGGGUUUCCUUGCAGACGUAGGCUGUGAUGUAGCUAGAGUAACUGAAGACUGGAGUGGAGCAGCAACAAUGACGUUGCUCAGGUCGUGUGAUUGUGAGUCACUCUGCAUCAUGGGGAGGCCGGUGGCUGGUCCUCCUCUGCCCUGACACACAGCAGAGAGACACUGUGUCUUUGUGGGUCUGUGGGUCUGCAUGCCUGCCUGUCAGCUUACAGGGAGAGGGACCAGAGCAGGGCUAUAUGUCAGACUGCACUGAACAUAAGUGUAGUGGCUCUGAGGUCAAGCCAGCAGCACUGUACUGUACUGCAGUGUAUGUGAUUGGAACACCCACAUCUCAAUGGAUCCCUUGCCAAGCCGCUCUUAGUAGUGGUUGGUCCAAACGGUUUCUGACACUUGGCCAUGCAUAGAAUUCUUUAUAAAUUUUUCAACUAAACCUUGACACUGUAUAUUUACUAUAACUUUGUAACAAGCAAGCUGAAACUGCUGUUGAGAUACAGUCCUCAUCUGACCUCAGCCUGAGACUUAGCUAUAAGGCUUUAUUCUGUAGAUAAGUAGUACACAUUGUAACUAACAAUGUGUUUCACAUUGUUGUGGUGGUAUGUGGGCUUGGACUGGUAUGUAGCUGCUCUGGUUUGUUUUCCCUACUGUAGUGUUUCACCACAGGCAGGCAGAGACUGGCGUGGGCGGAGUGCUGGGUGCUGGGUGGUGGGCGCAGGGCGUCCUCAGGAGCCUUUCCCCAGCUGGUGGGCAUUAUGAACGGGUCCUAGUGCGCCAUAAUCACCAUCUAUUUUACCGUUAUUGAUUGAGCUACAGCUUAAUGCCUUUAUGGACAAUUUGGGGGUUUUAAUUCCAUGGAGAUUUCUUUCUUUGGUGGAAAUGUGCUGUUAAUCUACAAGAAGUUGACUCACAGAGGGCUGCAUGCCUUAACGAGGCUGCUUAUGAAAAAGUAGGAAUGUUUGUGUUUUUUUAUCCUCGUGUUUACCACAUUACAUUUACAGAGUCAUUUGACAGGUUUCCUGUGGGCCAUUCAAACAGGGUUCCCAGCUUUGCUCAUAACUUCAGAGCUUUGAUGGAGGAAAUGAAAAGUGUUGCAUUUGUUUGCUACUUCAAUAACCUACUUCGAGGCUGCAUGGUAGAAUCCGCUGGCUAUCACAGGAUUGCCUGCCUGCCCAUCUUCCUCAACCUCUUCCCUCUUCUCUCCUGUCUGCGACCCCCCCCCACCCCCCCGUCCUGUUUCCUAACACGUCACUCCUGGUGAAUCAGGAGACUCCACCAAGGCCAGAGUUCAGUUUCCUGAGAGACUAAUCUCUUGCACUUGACUCAUGCACAUUUCCUCCGGAUGUCGUGAACUGUGAUAGAGUUUUUUGGCUUCCUUCCUUCCCUUUCCACCAGUGUCACAGUGCUCAGUACAAAACAAUCCGGUAGAGCGGAGUGCUCUUGGUCCAGCAGAGAGCUCUGUACAGGCUACAGAACAUUCAGUACUGUGAGCAUAGUGCCUUGGCUCAGGAAACGCUGUCUUCUCGAUCAGUGUUGUUUGGUUUGACCAAAGUGACGGUUGGUAACCCAGGAACUACUGUGUUUCAUUUUGAAAAAUGCACAUUGGUGGACCUGGCUAGACUUUCCUUCUUUCUCCCUUCUCUCCUGCCAUGUUCCACUACAGUGGGUUCCCUGUGUAUGGGUUAUACACCUCUAGGAGUCCAAAGUCAAAGAACUCUGUUUGUGUUUCCGUGUCUGGUUCUUUAACAGUUAUUUUGUGUUUAUCUUGGCAGACGUCCAAGUGAAAGGUGUGUUUUAUUUGCUCUAUCAUUACUCAUAACCUUCCUGUACCGGCACAGUCAUUGGCCUCCUGCCAACAGACAGUAAUAUCCUCGCCCCCGCAUGUCUGGACCAAUCAGGGUUGAUGUUAGGUUAAGCCCUGUCAAUUUAUUGUCAAGUUGGAGGCUCUUUGGAACCCACCUGAUGCUGUUACUUGGUAAAGUGCUUUGGGCAUGGGGGAGUCCUGAUGAUCACAAAUGAUGGAUUAUGUUUCAUCUUGUACCAUCACCUUGUGAUCUUAAUCCCUGUCUGUCGGUUUGUGUUGGGCAGGAUUGGGGUAAUUAAUCUGGACAGCUGGUAAUGCCAGCCAGACCACCGUCCAUCUCCAGUCCAUCGCAUGCUCUGUUCAUCGGAUUAAUAACGUUUUUAUGGCAUUCUUCAUCUUGGACUUGUUUUUUAAACUGAUCAUCAACAGAAAUGUAUGUAAUUUGGAAGUAUUUGCUGAACUCCCUCCCACACAGGCAGCGUGUGGUGGAGUACUUGGUGUGCUUGAUUCCUGCUCAAGCUGUAGCCUAGCUCUCACCUUUUUUCUCUGAUUUUUCUCUCAGGCUCCAGGCGCUUUCUUUGUUAUCUGAAAAAAUGUAUAAAUACAUCUCUAAAUCACUAAAAAUAGAUCACAAAAUCCUGGUUAACAACUUGGCAGCGUAUUGGGACAUGUAAUCCAAUCAUGUCAUUCAUGCAGCAAUAAGCUCAAUUGUGCAGUAAGGGAGAGCUGUUUGUGGUGUAAGUGUGUGAGAGAGAAACAGAGUGGAAGUGAGAACGUGUGUUUUCAUUUCCUCCUCUUCCUUCUGCACCCUCGACCCUCUCCUACUCUGGCCAUUCUUCCAGCCCAUGUGUCAUCUGUGUAGGCCUGUCGGUCUGUCUAUCCCAGUGCCUGUGUGUAGCUGAUUUCUCUCCUCUCUCUCCCCUCCUGAGUCAGCAGGAAUGUGAGGAAUGACCUGACCUUUCCCACCCUACUCUUGUCUGCCCAUUUUUAGGCAUGACCGACUUUCUCUUUUUCCUUCAUUCCUCUCUCUCCUUCUGUCAUUCUAUCCCACCAUUAACUACUAAUGUAUUUUGCCUCCCACCUCUCCUUCCCUCCCCCUCAUUCAUAUCCUUUCUCCUCUCUUACCUUCUCUCUGUUUCUACUCCUCUUACACAUUUUCUCCUCAGUCAGCUCAACACUCCAAAUUUCUCCCAAUUAUAUGGGAGCCCCCUUGAGCAAGAGGCGCUUGGCUCUAUAUUCUACCAAACCACAGAGAGGCCUCGAAUCCAGAGACCCCGUCCCUCCCCUGGAAGAGUACUGUACCUCCUCUGGUUCCUCCUUUACGAUUCACAGGGCUGUUCAUGGGUGGCCUGUUUGAUCUCCAGUUUACAACACCCCCUGCCCUCACACUCCUACUGUAAGUUAGCACACUAUGACAUGCCUAGGCCAUGUGGGCUGUUCUAGGAAAGUGUUAGGUCUCCCAGUGCAGUCUGUCUGCCAGAGGAAAUGGAGCUCUUCAUCCCUUGUGUGUUUGUUGACAGGUUCCUGCUGUAAAUGCUGGAGUAGAGCUCUGCAACCUGUCAUACCUGACAGAGGACUGCUUCCUCUCCUCCCUCUUCUCUCCCUUUUUGGUCUUAAUUUAAGGUUAGGGUUAGGGUUAGGUAUAAGGUAAGCAGUGUGGUUAAGGUUAGGGUUAGGUUUAAAGUCAGAUUUUAUGACUUUGUGGGUGUGCCGGCUAGUGACUACCCUGCAGAGCUGCCUCCAGUACAUUAGUCAUCCCAAUAAAUGCCAACCUGCUUAAUGCAGUUGGCUUUCACGGCUUCUGUGUGUCACGAUCGUCAUUCAUAGAGGAGGACCAAGGCGCAGCGUUGAAUGCGAACAUUUUAUUUAUUAGAAUGAUCACACGAUCAAAACAACAAAACGAAAACGUGACGUCCCUGGUUACAUAAACAAACCAACACGGAACAAGAAACCACAAAUAAUGAAUGCCUAACGGCUACCUAAGUAUGACUCCCAAUCAGAGACAACGAGCUACAGCCGUCUCUGAUUGGGAGCCACCCUGGCCAACAUAGAUAUACAACAACUAGAACAUAAACAAAUGAAAACUCACACCCUGGCUCAACAUACUAGAGUCCCCAGAGCCAGGGCGUGACAGUACCCCCCCCUAAAGGCGCGGACUCAGACCGCGCCAGCCAAAUACAACAGGGGAGGGACCGGGUGGUCACUCCGCCUCGGCGGCGGAUCCGGCUCCGGACAUGACCCCCACUCCUUCUCUAACCCCCCAAAGUACCCCUGGUCCGGUCUGGCCCUGCUGACCAGAGCUGAACUGAACACUGGUGGAGCGGGUUGCUCUAGCUCCGGCGUGACGCAGCACCUGACCGGUGCCGGACCCGCCACCGGUGGAACAGGCACGGGCCGUGCCGGACUGACGACGCACACCACUGGCUUGGUGUGGGGAGCAGGAGCGGGCCGAGCCGGGCUGACGAAACGCACCACUGACUUGGUGCGGGGAGCAGGAGCGGGCCGGACCGGGCUGACGAAGUGCACCACUGACUUGGUGCGGGGAGCAGGAACGGGCCGUGCCGGGCUGACGACGCGCACCACUGACUUGGUGCGGGGAGCAGGAACGGGCCGGACAGGGCUGACGAAACGCACCACUGACUUGGUGCGGUGAGCAGGAAUGGGCCGGACUGGGCUGGCGACGCGCACCACAGACUUGGUGCGGAGAGCAGGAACGGGCCGAACAGGGCUGACGAAACGCACCACAGACUUGGUGCGGGGAGCAGGAACAGGCCGGACCGUACUGGGAACACACACCACUGGCCCUACGUGGGGAUCAGGAACAGGCCGGACCGGACUGGCAACACACGCCAGUACCUCUCGCCGUGCCUCUACAUCUUCCACCCCCUCUUCGACCAGUGGCCCCCGUAACCUGGCGGCCUCCUCUGCCAAUCCGCUGGGCCGCUCUGCCGCGGUCUCCUGCUGGCCCGUCGUCCACGGCGUUAGCCCCCCCCUAAAAAUUUUCUGGGCGUCUCCCCUACCCGUGGACCAGGUCUCCAUGUCCCUCGCCAGCCUUUCGCCCUUCUGCCACAAUGUCAAGCCCUUCUCUUCCUCACUCGGCUUGACCCAGUCGAGGAGGCGAAGGAGAUCUGUUAGGGAUCUCCCUGGCGAUGGCUCCUGGACACGCUGCUUGGUCACAUCUUGGUGGUUUCUUCUGUCACGAUCGUCAUUCAUAGAGGAGGACCAAGGCGCAGCGUUGAAUGCGAACAUUUUAUUUAUUAGAAUGAUCACACGAUCAAAACAACAAAACGAAAACGUGACGUCCCUGGUUACAUAAACAAACCAACACGGAACAAGAAACCACAAAUAAUGAAUGCCUAACGGCUACCUAAGUAUGACUCCCAAUCAGAGACAACGAGCUACAGCCGUCUCUGAUUGGGAGCCACCCUGGCCAACAUAGAUAUACAACAACUAGAACAUAAACAAAUGAAAACUCACACCCUGGCUCAACAUACUAGAGUCCCCAGAGCCAGGGCGUGACACUGUGUGUGCCUGCACACAUGUACACUUCCUGUCUCUGUAUAGUAAAACACCUCUAACAGAUGGAGCAACUUGAGGAUGAGCACACAAAAAAAUUUCUUGAGGCAAGCCGAAGUCUACACCCCUUCGACGGUGAUUGGUCAACAGUAGGGAUUCUUUAAGUGUUUUGUCAUUCAAUUGUUUUCAUACACAUUUUUCACUUGAGAAAUACUGCCCCAAACAUCUUAUUUAGAUGUAAAAUUGCGCGACUAAGAACUCCUCGGCAAAAACGUACAAAUUAAUGACAGAUUUCUUGAGUUAUCUUAGAUUAAUUCUGACUAUUUUGAGUAAGUGUAUACUGGUUACGAUGUCUCAAAAUGGACAAACAGUACUAUUGCCGCUUUUUUCUCGUUUUUUCAAGUGAAGGUCUUUUAAGGGAGUAUACGAGCACACUCAUUCGGUUCGGCUAGGUUUCAGCCAGACUGAAGCAUGCUAACACCUUCAGCCUGGCCCAGCCUCUCUCCUAGAGCCCAGUAUGUUUACAGUCAGCCUGGCCCAGCCUCUCUCCUACAGCCCAGUAGGUUUACAGUCAGCCUGGCCCAGCCUCCUUCCUACAGCCCAGUAGGUUUACAGUCAGCCUGGCCUAGCCUCUCUCCUAGAGCCCAGUAGGUUUACAGUCAGCCUGGCCCAGCCUCUCUCCUAGAGCCCAGUAGGUUUACAGUCAGCCUGGCCCAGCCUCCCUCCUACAGCCCAGUAGGUUUGCAGUCAGCCUGGCCCAGCCUCCCUCCUACAGCCCAGUAGGUUUACAGUCAGCCUGGCCCAGCCUCCCUCCUACAGCCCAGUAGGUUUACAGUCAGCCUGGCCCAGCCUCUCUCCUAGAGCCCAGUAGGUUUACAGUCAGCCUGGCCCAGCCUCUCUCCUAGAGCCCAGUAGGUUUACAGUCCGCCUGGCCCAGCCUCCCUCCUACAGCCCAGUAGGUUUACAGUCAGCCUGGCCCAGCCUCCCUCCUAGAGCCCAGUAGGUUUACAGUCAGCCUGGCCCAGACUCUCCUACAGCCCAGUAGGUUUACAGUCAGCCUGGCCCAGACUCUCUCCUAGAGCCCAGUAGGUUUACAGUCCGCCUGGCCCAGCCUCCCUCCUACAGCCCAGUAGGUUUACAGUCAGCCUGGCCCAGCCUCCCUCCUAGAGCCCAGUAGGUUUACAGUCAGCCUGGCCCAGACUCUCUCCUACAGCCCAGUAGGUUUACAGUCAGCCUGGCCCAGCCUCUCUCCUAGAGCCCAGUAGGUUUACAGUCAGCCUGGCCCAGCCUCCCUACUACAGCCCAGUAGGUUUACAGUCAGCCUGGCCCAGCCUAUCUCCUACAGCCCAGUAGGUUUACAGUCAGCCUGGCCCAGACUCUCUCCUAGAGCCCAGUAGGUUUACAGUCAGCCUGGCCCAGCCUCUCUCCUACAGCCCAUUAGCUCAGCAGCAGCUGGGAGACUGUCUGUUUCUCAUCCUCUGGUCCAUGCUCAGGUCGUCCUCACUUUGUGCUUUAUUGAAGUUAAAUCACUUGUCACCAAACUAUAAAACCUCAUAUAAGCCCCACUGACCCCAUGACUCCCCACCACACUGUGGAAGCUAAGCCACGGCCCAACUUCAGCAACAGCACAACGCUGCCUGGCUCUCACAGAGCAAUAUACUACUGACACUUCCUUCUGCUCACUCUCCAUGUUAAACCUCCUUUUGAUUAUUUAAGAAAGCAGGGAAUUAUUUAUUAUUAUUAUUUAAGUUUCCCAUGGCAGGCUGGGGAGAAGAGAAGAGGGUAGGGCCUGUUUCCCAUGGCAGGCUGGGGAGAAGAGAAGAGGGUAGGGCCUGUUUCCCAAGGCAGGCUGGGGAGAAGAGAAGAGGGUAGGGCCUGUUUCCCAAGGCAGGCUGGGGAGAAGAGAAGAGGGUAGGGCCUGUUUCCCAAGGCAGGCUGGGGAGAAGAGAAGAGGGUAGGGCCUGUUUCCCAAGGCAGGCUGGGGAGAAGAGAAGAGGGUAGGGCCUGUUUCCCAUGGAGGGACUGGGAUGAACUUGAAGAGGCUGUUCCAGAGGGGCUCCGCCUGCCCUGCCCUGCCCUGCCUGCCCUGCCCUGCCUGCCACAGUGGUUUGACUUUACAGGGCAGAGGGCAUAAAGUGAUAUAAGCAGAUUCAAUAUAAUUCCAAUGCAAGAACCCCCCCAUAAUUGUGCCACCUCACCGAUUUUAACUGCCCCCUUAGUGACAUUAUCCUGGUGCUGGGUCUAUCUAUUAGAUGUGUGUGUCCCAAUGUGCUUGCUCUCCAUUGCUGACACUCCUGCUCUUCCCCUCUGUGUGUGUAGCUGGAUGGGACGAUGGACCUGGAUGAGCGACGGCUGAUCCGUUCAGCCAUCAGAGAGCUGAGGAGGAGAGAGAUAGAGGACAUGGAGGCAGCCUUGGCCAGCAAACGCUUCCGGCCCAAACACCUCAACCAGAAUGAUGACAAAGAGAACCAACUCACAAAUAGGUGAGCCUCCUGAAUCUGAAUACACACACUUGCACAUGUGCACACAUACCCAUUACCCAUGACAGAUUGUGCCAGUCCAGAUGAGCUGCCUGGAAACUCUUUGAGACAACAAGCACACAAACCCAGAUGCAGCACUCCCUCUCCUUCUCCAGGGAGGCCUUCUGGGAAGUUGAGCCAUAACACUGCAGAUCUGGAAAAACCAUGACAGGGAGUCCAUAAAAACAGGGGAGGUGGAAGAACUCAUUUGCAAUUUUUCAUUAUGCAAAUACACACCUGUGUAGGCAUAACGUUGAAUAAUAAUUGGUAUGUACUGUAUGUAUUCUCAUACAUUUACUCAUACCUUUAAUGUGAUAUUCCUAACAGGAUCACUGUCAUGUAGCCUACAGACAAAUGCACACCCAUUCUAUUAGGUGCCUACCAGCCAUAUCCCUGGAGGUAAAGACGUCAAUACAGUCGUUUGCGGGUAUUUUAUUUAUUUGUAUUUCAUUAGUGUUUAUUGACCCGUUACAGCAGGCUUGAACGUUUUACCGGUUCAGCGAUGCGCAGCCGCCAGGACCCGUCACGCCACGUAGCCAUAGCAGACGGAAAAACUGACGACUCUGCAGUCGUCGUCUCCUGUCGCCUCCUGUCAUCUGUUUAUUACACCAGCUUGUUUUUCAUUAGAAUCCAAUUAGAAACAGGACUAACAGGAUAACAACAUCCCUUUGUGUGCCAAUCAUCAUCAUUGUACUUUUUAUUAGUUUUCAUUGGGCUGUAAUGGUAGUGAGUGAGUUCAGGCUGGAGCGUCUAGGCCGAGCCCUGUGGGCCAUGCUGGCUUGCUGCUCCUCUCUGCUAAUUAAUGACUGUCUUUACUACAGCAGCUUUACUGCAGCCAGCCAGGAAGGGCCCCAGCAGACAGCUGCUCCUAGUUGACUCCUGUUCUGGGCUGCACUUCAGACUUCACAGAUCCACAACAUGAGGAGGACACUGGCCCUCCUACAUCUCUACUCCUACUGGAUCACAUUAGGAACAAUGACUGUUAAAUGAGUUCCGUUUGCUGGGUAGUUGGAUUACUUGGGUUACAAAAAUAACAGAGGUGCCCCUUUUUAAAGCUGGAAGAAUAUGUCUAUUAACCACAUGCAUGCACGUGUCCGUACAGGCUCACACACACACACACACACACACACACACACACACACACACACACACACACACACCACAGAAAGCCUCCUGAAAGCAACAUUAUCCUUUUCGACUCACUGCAGGAAUGUAAAAUAUUAUAUUCCAAGUUCCACACAUCCUCCAAUCCCAAUGAGGCGAGGAGAGAGGGAAAGAGAGGGGGAAUGAGUCAGAGAGGAAGAGAAAAAGAGGCAGAGAGAUGGAGAGAUAUAUGAGGAUCGAGAGGCGGAAGAAGUUUUUGCCAGGCUAUGUGCUUCUCUCUCCUUUACGUGUCUAUCAUGCGGUCACUUUUUCCAGGCUGGAUUUGGGAAUCUUUUUCUCCGAAAAUUUUUUUUCUUCCCGGCCAAGACAAUCUGUCUGGCGUCUUGAAUUACUCCACCGCCUGCCCGUCACACGCUAGUGGAGCCAGUGAGGCCCACAACACUGCAGGAUGCCUCUGAAUGUGGAUUACACCGCCCUUCUGGCAACCCUAACACGUGUACAGGGUCAAGCAUCACCAACUACCAUAAAAGCAGCACUCUGAUGUGUCAGUGUGUGUUUCUGUUUGUGUGUCUGUAUCUCAGGUCAGAUUCGGGUGACUCCCUAAACGUGCUCGCUGUGAAACUACAAACCAUCCAGGACAUUGAGGAACUGACUGGACUGGUGAGGACAGUGAUGUACACCACACACAUUACUUGUGAAUUUACAGUUAGACAUCAAUAUCAAUCUUUCACAAACCUCCAUGCACAUACUGCCCUAGAUUAGUAAAUACAUGACAAGUCAGCCAGUCUCGCUCAUCCGUUUCUGUAUCUCUCUAUGUGGCCCUCUGAGUUUGUCUCCCCAUCCACAUGAAUGGUUCUGAGCAUCACUCUCCCUGUGUUGUGAUGGCUGUCCUGUCUGUGUGUUCCAGCUACGCGGGGCCACUGCAUAUGAGGAGAGGAAACUGAUCAGAGCUGCCAUCCGCCGCCUCCGAGACGAGGAGCAGCAGGGUGAGUACAGAGGAGGAGGAGAAGGAGCUGGAGGUAGAGGAGAAGGAGAAGGAACAGAGAGGAGGUAGAGGAGAAGGAGAAGGAACAGAGAGGAGCUGGAGGUAGAGGAGGAGGAGAAGGAACAGAGAGGAGGUGGAGGAGGAGGAGGGGGAGAAGGAACAGAGAGGAGGUGGAGGAGGAGGAGAAGGAACAGAGAGGAGCUGGAGGUAGAGGAGGAGGAGAAGGAACAGAGAGGAGCUGGAGGUAGAGGAGGAGGAGAAGGAACAGAGAGGAGCUGGAGGUAGAGGAGGAGGAGAAGGAACAGAGAGGAGCUGGAGGUAGAGGAGGAGGAGAAGGAACAGAGAGGAGCUGGAGGUAGAGGAGGGGGAGAAGGAACAGAGAGGAGCUGGAGGUAGAGGAGGAGGAGAAGGAACAGAGAGGAGCUGGAGGUGGAGGAGGAGGAGAAGGAACAGAGAGGAGCUGGAGGUAGAGGAGGAGGAGAAGGAACAGAGAGGAGCUGGAGGUAGAGGAGGGGGAGAAGGAACAGAGAGGAGGUGGAGGUAGAGGAGGGGGAGAAGGAACAGAGAGGAGCUGGAGGUAGAGGAGGGGGAGAAGGAACAGAGAGGAGCUGGAGGUAGAGGAGGGGGAGAAGGAACAGAGAGGAGGUGGAGGAGGAGGAGAAGGAACAGAGAGGAGCACACAUACAGUACACACAUCCCUCCAGGGGGGCAGGCAUACAACACUCCCCUGCUACCUGUUAAGUAGAAGGACAUGUUAGGAUACUACUCUCUAAUAAUCCUGUUCCCUGUUGCCCAGAGGUUCUCCCUUUCUCGUCCUCACUCUAUUUCCACCCUUUUGUUCUCUGUCCUUCUCACCCCCUCUGGCUUGUUCAUUCAGUAGUAAGCUCCUGUCAUGACAAAUUAAACCACUUUAGCUUCUCCAUAAGUAUGUCUCACUCUCAGCUCCCAUUGGAGAUUUGAUAGGUUUGGAUCCUCUCCCCCCUCAUCAGUCAGUACUCAGUCAUCACCAAGCCACCUUUUUUUAAAUGUUUUAAUUUAAUUUAAAUAUUUUUUUUAGGGGGUAGAUCAGCUUUAAUAUUGCAGAUAGAUUAUAACUUCCAUCAAUGUAAUUGUCUGCAUCACUUCCAAUCCCCCAUAUGUUUUUUUCUCUCGCAAAUAUAUAUAUAUACAUGUGUAUGUGUAUGUAUAUAUAUAUAUACAUAUAUACAGUGGGGAGAACAAGUAUUUGAUACACUGCCGAUUUUGCAGGUUUUCCUACUUACAAAGCAUGUAGAGGUCUGUAAUUUUUUAUCAUAGGUACACUUCAACUGUGAGAGAUGGAAUCUAAAACAAAAAUCCAGAAUAUCACAUUGUAUGAUUUUUAAGAAAUGAAUUUGCAGUUUAUUGCAUGACAUAAGUAUUUGAUACAUCAGAAAAGCAGAACUUAAUAUUUGGUACAGAAACCUUUGUUUGCAAUUACAGAGAUCAUACGUUUCCUGUUGGUCUUGACCAGGUUUGCACACACUGCAGCAGGGAUUUUGGCCCACUCCUCCAUACAGACCUUCUCCAGAUCCUUCAGGUUUCGGGGCUGUCGCUGGGCAAUACGGACUUUCAGCUCCCUCCAAAGAUUUUCUAUUGGGUUCAGGUCUGGAGACUGGCUAGGCCACUCCAGGACCUUGAGAUGCUUCUUACGGAGCCACUUCUUAGUUGCCCUGGCUGUCUGUUUCGGGUCGUUGUCAUGCUGGAAGACCCAGCCACGACCCAUCUUCAAUGCUCUUACUGAGGGAAGGAGGUUGUUGGCCAAGAUCUUGCGAUACAUGGCCCCAUCCAUCCUCCCUUCAAUACGGUGCAGUCGUCCUGUCCCCUUUGCAGAAAAGCAUCCCCAAAGAACGAUGUUUCCACCUCCAUGCUUCACGGUUGGGAUGGUGUUCUUGGGGUUGUACUCAUCCUUCUUCUUCCUCCAAACACGGCGAGUGGAGUUUAGACAAAAAAGCUCUAUUUUUGUCUCAUCAGACCACAUGACCUUCUCCCAUUCCUCCUCUGGAUCAUCCAGAUGGUCAUUGGCAAACUUCAGACGGGCCUGGACAUGCGCUGGCUUGAGCAAGGGGACCUUGCGUGCGCUGCAGGAUUUUAAUCCAUGACGGCGUAGUGUGUUACUAAUGAUUUUCUUUGAGACUGUGGUCCCAGCUCUCUUCAGGUCAUUGACCUGGUCCUGCCGUGUAGUUCUGGGCUGAUCCCUCACCUUCCUCAUGAUCAUUGAUGCCCCACAAGGUGAGAUCUUGCAUGGAGCCCCAGACCGAGGGUGAUUGACAGUCAUCUUGAACUUCUUCAAUUUUCUAAUAAUUGCGCCAGCAGUUGUUGCCUUCUCACCAAGCUGCUUGCCUAUUGUCCUGUAGCCCAUCCCAGCCUUGUGCAGGUCUACAAUUUUAUCCCUGAUGUCCUUACACAGCUCUCUGGUCUUGGCCAUUGUGGAGAGGUUGGAGUCUGUUUGAUUGAGUGUGUGGACAGGUGCUUUUAUACAGGUAACGAGUUCAAACAGGUGCAGUUAAUACAGGUAAUGAGUGGAGAACAGGAGGGCUUCUUAAAGAAAAACUAACAGGUCUGUGAGAGCCGGAAUUCUUACUGGUUGGUAGGUGAUCAAAUACUUAUGUCAUGCAAUAAAAUGCAAAUUAAUUACUUAAAAAUCAUACAAUGUGAUUUUCUGGAUUUUUGUUUUAGAUUCCCUCUCUCACAGUUGAAGUGUACCUAUGAUAAAAAUUACAGACCUCUACAUGCUUUGUAAGUAGGAAAACCUGCAAAAUCGGCAGUGUAUCAAAUACUUGUUCUCCCCACUGUGUGUGUGUGUAUAUAUAUAUAUAUAUAUAUAUAUAUAUAUAUAUAUAUAUAUAUAUAUAUAUAUAUAUAUAUAUAAACACACACAGUGAGGGGAAAAAAGUAUUUGAUCCCCUGCUGAUUUUGUACGUUUACCCACUGACAAAGAUAAGAUCAGUCUAUAAUUUUAAUGGUAGGUUUAUUUGAACAGUGAGAGACAGAAUAACAACAAAGAAAAUCCAGAAAAACGCAUGUAAAUGUUUUUAUAAAUUGAUUAGCAUUUUAAUGAGGGAAAUAAUUAUUUGACCCCUCUGCAAAACAUGACUUAGUACUACUUAAACAUGAUUUAGUACUUGGUGGCAAAACCCUUGUUGGCAAUCACAGAGGUCAGACGUUUCUUGUAGUUGGCCACCAGGUUUGCACACAUCUCAGGAGGGAUUUUGUCCCACUCCUCUUUGCAGAUCUUCUCCAAGUCAUUAAGGUUUCGAGGCUGACGUUUGGCAACUCGAACCUUCAGCUCCCUCCACAGAUUUUCUAUGGGAUUAAGGUCUGGAGACUGGCUAGGCCACUCCAGGACCUUAAUGUGCUUCUUCUUGAGCCACUCCUUUGUUGCCUUGGCCGUGUGUUUUGGGUCAUUGUCAUGCUGGAAUACCCACCCACGACCCAUUUUCAAUGCCCUGGCUGAGGGAAUGAGGUUCUCACCCAAGAUUUGAUGGUACAUGGCCCUCGUCCAUCGUCCCUUUGAUGCGGUGAAGUUGUCCUGUCCCCUUAGCAGAAAAACACCCCCAAAGCAUAAUGUUUCCACCUCCAUGUUUGACGGUGGCGAUGGUGUUCUUGGGGUCAUAGGCAGCAUUCCUCCUCCUCCAAACACAGCGAGUUGAGUUGAUGCCAAAGAGCUCCAUUUUGGUCUCAUCUGACCACAACACUUUCACCCAGUUCUCCUCUGAAUCAUUCAGAUGUUCAUUGGCAAACUUCAGACGGGCAUGUAUAUGUGCUUUCUUGAGCAGGGGGACCUUGCGGGCGCUGCACGAUUUCAGUCCUUCACGGCGUAGUGUGUUACCAAUUGUUUUCUUGGUGACUAUGGUCCCAGCUGCCUUGAGAUCAUUGACAAGAUCCUCCCGUGUAGUUCUGGGCUGAUUCCUCACCGUUCUCAUGAUCAUUGCAACUCCACGAGGUGAGAUCUUGUAUGGAGCCCCAGGCCGAGGGAGAUUGCCAGUUAUUUUGUGUUUCUUCCAUUUGCGAAUAAUCGCACCAACUGUUGUCACCUUCUCACCAAGCUGCUUGGCGAUGGUCUUGUAGCCCAUUCCAGCCUUUUGUAGGUCUACAAUCUUGUCCCUGACAUCCUAGGAGCGCUCUUUGGUCUUGGCCAUGGUGGAGAGUUUGGAAUCUGAUUGAUUGAUUGCUUCUGUGGACAGGUGACUUUUAUACAGGUAACAAGCUGAGAUUAGGAGCACUCCCUUUAAGAGUGUGCUCCUAAUCUCAGCUCGUUACCUGUAUAAAAGACACCUGGGAGCCAGAAAUCUUUCUGAUUGAGAGGGGGUCAAAUACUUAUUUCCCUCAUUAAAAUCAAUUUAUAACAUUUUUGAUAUGCGUUUUUCUGGAUUUUUCUGUUGUUAUUUUGUCUCUCACUGUUCAAGUAAACCUACCAUUAAAAUUAUAGACUGAUCAUUUCUUUGUCAGUGGGCAAACGUACAAAAUUAGCAUAAAUAUGGAAGUUACAAUCUAUCUGCAAUAUUAAAGCUGAUCUACCACCUAAAAAAAAAAAAAGACAAAAAAAAAAAGAGGUGGCUUGUUUGGUUAUUCUGGUGAUGACUGAGUACAUGUAUAUACAUUCAUGCAUACAUACAUACAUACAUAUCCUUUAAAAAAUAUAUAUUUCCCUUUAUUACUUUCCAACCCCACCACCCCUUCCCUAAUUGGAGUAAACUAGUGAAUAACUAUGCUUAGGCCUCUACUUCCAGCUUAUACAUACUAUAUACAUUUUAUGGACAUAGUCAAUUUUACAAUAAUUCUAUUUUGUUUGUUUUUACUCCUCAACUUCCUCAACCGCUCCGAUCAUUUUCAUGAUGUCCAUCCGGUUUGCUUCUAUAUGCCAUAUCUUUCUAACUGUGCUCUUUCACAAAAGCUCUCAACUUAUAACCUAUAUACUUAUUAUGGACACAGUAUGCUUACAUUAUUAGUUAUCUUGUUGUUAUUAGUUGUUGUUAGUUGUUAUUAGUCCCAUCCUUCAACUCCAUUCAACACCACCCAUCUUUCUUCCAACUCAAGAUGUGUGGCUAUAGCUGUGGCAUGUGUAUGUGUUCUGUGUAACCAGUUGGCUGUGGUGUGUGUUUCAGGUACGGGGAAGAAAUGGUGGACCACUGGCCGAUGCCUGGAGUCUGAGGGCCUGGAUCUCCAAAACAGCCUGGGAGCAGGGGUGAGUCCUGGGAGGGAGGUGUAUGUAUGUAUAUGUGUGUGUGUGUGUGUGUGAGAGAGAGGUGGAAUGACAAGCAGGUUUGAUUAUGACAGCUGUAUGAAAUAUAGAUAAACGGCAAGGUGAUGAACUGAUUGGGGCUGCGAUCUCACUGGCUGUCGUGUUCAAUGCCUCAAACUUUUUUAUAGAAGAGAGAUCAUGUUGCAACUUACACGUCAACUUUCAUUUGCAAAAAUAAGCCCAACACAGACUCAUUUGCUGGUGUUGAGUAUAUGUUUGCAGAGAACAGUGACCAUUUAGGUUUUGUGCUGCCACAAUGAAGAAUGCAGAAAACAACAACACCCAGGCAUGUGACUCCGUCAGACACCGUCUGUCUCAUGACUGUGUCUUCUCUUCACCAUGUUCCAAACACAUAAACUGACAGACAAGCAGACGUUCUUGCGCCAAAGUGGCUGCCACAACGCAAGGAAUGAAUUUUCAUUCUUCAUACCUCAUUCAUUUCUGGCUAAGUACACCCAGAGACGGAGAAUUACAUUUGCUCAGGCUCUGGUGUUUGGUAUAGACAGUAAAUCCUUGGUGAUAAGAACACCCUGCGAGCCAUGCCUGUCAUUCUACACACUACUAUUAACCUAGGCUGUCACUCUCCACACUCUCACUUCACACUGAAGGGAAAUUAUUAUGUUUUGAUUAUGUGUGGCAACCACAGCAUGGGCGUGUCUGUGCGUGCGUGCCUAUCUGUCCAUCUGUCUGUCGGCGAUUGGAAGGGAUGAGCGAUGGUAGUCUCUCUCCCAUUCUAUGUUCCUCCCUCUCACCUCUCUUGCUUUCUCUCUCCACCUUUCAGACUUGAGGCUUUGCAUGUCAAAGCACUUUACUCGUUUGGUUUGGAGAGGCCCCCUUGUGGUCAGUGAAGUGAACUACUGUAUUCAUAUCCCUAAUAGCUACAGUUAACUUCAAAUUAAAUAAUGACAUGUUUCCUGUGAAAGCAUUGCAGAUUGACUGAUGAGCUUAUGUGCUGAUAAUGCUGAAAGACAUCUCUGUAAAACAACAUAAUAGUCUUUGAGAACUGCUUGCCUGGGGCCAGAUGCUAUCUUAUCACUGUUGCUUGAUCAGUUUGUCUGCACUCCCUGAUGAAUGCACUGUUUUCUAAAGACAGGAUCUCUGUUGGGGAAACAAAGUAAAUUCCUAUUGUAUGCCGUCAUUCCUGUAGGAAUUGGGUUGAUGAAGGUGAUGGGGGUUAUAUGCUCAGCCAGAAUGAUGUACCCACAUGAAAAAAUGCUACAGUUUACUAUAUAAUACUACAGUACUUACUAUAGAAUUCUAUAGCAAACUGUAGUGUACUCUAGAAUACUAUACUACAAACUGUAGUAUCCCUCGAUCAUGUGUAGUACUUACUAUAGAAUGUUGUAGUAUACUAUAGAAUACUAUAGAAAAUCCUACAGUAUUAUCAGCAAAAAAAGCACUGUUGUAAAUACUAUAGUAAUGUCCGCAAAAAAAACACUACAGUCCGCAAAAACAAAUACUUUUUAAACUAUAGUAGUGCUGAGUGAUUAGUGCUUCUUUUAGGUUCUUUGGAUUUUGGUUUGAUUAUUAAAAAAUAAUCAUGGUUUUGAUCAAAUAAAUUGACAAAUGCACUAUGCAUUAUGUGGGUUGAAUGCUGUAACAACCCAGAAUAAAACAAUUAGGCUAAUAAAAGUCCCAUGAUGACUAGCCAUUACUGCUUAUCACUUAUUAACCAUCAUUUAUUCACAUUACUUUACUUUAAUAAAAUAUUUCAGUUGUUUUGUAUUUUACAUUUAUUUUAUGUGAUGACUUUAUUAUUUCAUUCAAAGUCAUCAUCUCAUCUCUGCCUAUGCUGUCUGACAAAAUCACUAUUUUGUAGUUCUUCAAAGUAAAAAAGGCAUACUUGGAUUAUGGUCAUUGUAGGUAAUUACCAUGGUUUCUGCACUAAACUAUUUAAAAUAUUGGCCUGUUGGAAACUACAACUCCCAACUACAUCGCUCAGUUCGGGCUUGAUCUGAUUUAUCUCUAGAGAAACUGCGCAUCGAUCCCCCCCCCCCAAUGUAAAUAGUCUUAUGGCUUGGGGGUAGAAGCUGUUAAGGAGCCUUUUGGACCUAGACUUGGCGCUCCGGUACCAUUUGCCGUGCAGUCGCAGAGAGAACAGCCUAUGACUUGGGUGACUGGAGUCUUUGACAAUUCUUUGGGCCUUCCUCUGACACCGCCUAGUAUAUAGGUCCUGGAUGGCAGGAAGCUUAGCCCCAGUGAUGUACUGGGCCAUACAAACUACCCUCUUUAGCGCCUUAUGGUUGGAUGCCAAGCAGUUGCUGUACCAGGCGGUGAUGCAACCGGUCAGGAUGCUCUCUGGUACAGCUGUAGAACUUUUUGAGGAUCUGGGGACCCAUGCCAAAUCUUUUCAGUGUCUUGAGGGGGAAAAGGUGAUGUCAUGCCCUCUUCACGACUGUCUUGAUGUGUUUGGACCAUGAUAGGUCCUUAGUGAUGUGGACACCAAGGAACUUGAAACUCUCUACCCACUCCACUACAGCCCUGUCGAUGUGAAUGGGGGCGUGUUCGACCCUCCUUUUCCUGUAGUCCACGAUCAUUCCUUUGUCUUGCUCACAUUGAGGGAGAGGUUGUUGUCCUGGCACCACACUGCCAGGUCUCUGACCUCCUCCCUAUAGGCUGUCUCAUCGUUAUCGGUAAUCAGGCCUACCACUGUUGUGCUUGGCCACGCGGUCAUGGGUGAACAGGGAGUACAGGAGGAGCCUAAGCACGCACCCCUGAGGGGCCCCCGUGUUGAGGAACAGCGAGGCAGAUGUAUUGUUGCCUACACUUACCACCUGGGGGCGGCCCGUCAGGAAGUCCAGGAUCCAGUUGCAGAGGGAGGUGUUAAGUCCCAGGGUCCUUAGCUUAGUGAUGAGCUUUGUGGGCACUAUGGUGUUGAACGCUGUGCUGUAGUCAAUGAACAGCAUUCUCACAUAGGUGUUUUGUCCAGGUGGGAAAGGGCAGUGUGGAGUGCGAUUGAGAUUGCGUCAUCUGUGGAUCUGUUGGGGCGGUAUGCGAAUUGGAGUCUGUCUUGAGUCAGUCUGCUCUGUCUGUAAUGGGGCUGUGGCCAACAACAACAGCAGCAACUGGCAGCAGGGCUCCUUCCACACAUCACAGGAGCGGGUCUCUUUGAGCCGCGCUCAAUUGUCCCCUGGCAGAUGGAGACCCCAGAUAAUGGUCUAUAGUUCACACACACACAUACAUACGUGUGUGUGUGUGUGUGUGUGUGUGUGUGUGUGUGUGUGUGUGUGUGUGUGUGUGUGUGUGUGUGUGUGUGUGUGUGUGUGUGUGUGUGUGUGUGUGUGUGUGUGUGUGUGUGUGUGUGUGUGUAUAUAUAUACUACCGUUCAAGUUUGGGGUCACUUAGAAAUGUCCUUGUUUUCCUUGUUUUUUUCCAUUAAAAUAACAUCAAAUUGAUCAGAAAUACAGUGUAGACAUUGUUAAUGUUGUAAAUGGCUAUUGUAGCUGGAAACGAUUAAAGGCUCAAAAUGCCCAGAAACAAAUAACUUUCUUCUGAAGCUCGUCAGUCUAUUCUUGUUCUGAGAAAUGAAGGCUAUUCCAUGCGAGAAAAGCCAUAUCUCAGACUGGCUAAUAAAAAGAAAAGAUUAAGAUGGGCAGUCUGAGAUAUUGCUUUUUCUUAGCAUCCCAGAGUCGCCUCUUCACUGUUGACGUUGAGACUGGUGUUUUGCGGGUACUAUUUAAUGAAGCUGCUGGUUGAGGACCUGUGAGGCGCCUGUUUCUCAAACUAGACACUCUAAUGUAUUUGUCCUCUCGCUCAGUUGUGCACCGGGGCCACCCACUCCUCUUUCUAUUCUGGUUAGAGCCAGUUUGCGCUGUUCUGUGAAGGGAGUAGUACACAGCGUUGUACGAGAUCUUCAGUUUCUUGGCAAUUUCUCGCAUGGAAUAGCCUUCAUUUCUCAGAACAAGAAUAGACUGACGAGUUUCAGAAGAAAGUUAUUUGUUUCUGGCCAUUUUGAGCCUGUAAUCGAACCCACAAUUGCUGAUGCUCCAGAUACUCAACUAGUCUCAAGAAGGCUAGUUUUAUUUCUUCUUUAAUCAGCACAACAGUUUUCAGCUGUGCUAACAUAAUUGCAAAAGGGUUUUCUAAUAAUCAAUUAGCCUUUUAAAAUUAUAAACUUGGAUUAGCAAACACAACGUGCCAUUGGAACACAGGACUGAUGGUUGCUGAUAAUGGGCCUCUGUACGCCUAUGUAGAUAUUCCAUAAAAAAUCAGCCGUUUCCAGCUACAAUAGCCAUUUACAACAUUAACAAUGUCUACACUGGGGCCUCCCAGGUGGCGCAGUGGUCUAAGGCACUGCAUUGCAGUGCUAGCUGUGCCACUAGAGAUCCUGGUUCGAGUCCAGGCUCUGUCGCAGCCGGCCGCGACCAGGAGACCCAUGGGGCGACGCAUCAUUUUCGUCCAGGGUAGGGGAGGGUUUGGCCGGCAGGGAUGUUCUUGUCCCAUCGCGCACUAGCGACUCCUGUGGCGGGCCGGGCGCAGUGCACGCUGACUCGGUCGCCAGGUGUACGGUGUUUCCUCCGACACAUUGGUGCGGCUGGCUUCCGGGUUAAGUGGGCACUGUGUCAAGAAGCAAUGCGGCUCGGUUGGGUUGUGUUUCGGAGGACGCACGACUCUCGACCUUCGCCUUUCCCGUGUCCGUAUGGGAGUUGCGGCGAUGGGACAAAACUGUAACUACCAAUUAGAUACCACGAAAAAGGGAGUAAAAUACAACAACAAAAAAAUGUCUACACUGUAUUUCUGAUCAAUUUGAUGUUAUUUUAAUGGACAAAAUAAUUUAUUUUCUUUCGAAAACAAGGACAUUUCUAAGUGACCCCAAACUUUUGAACGGUAGUGUAUGUAUGUAUGUAUAUGUGUAUAUAUAUAUAUUACAGUUGAAGUCGGAAGUUUACAUACACUUAGGUUGGAGUCAUUAAAACUUGUUUUUCAACCACUCCACAAAUGUCUUGUUAACAAACUAUAGUUUUGGCAAGUCGGUUAGGACAUCUACUUUGCGCAUGACACAAGUAAUUUUUCCAACAAUUGUUUAGACAGAUUAUUUCACUUAUAAUUCACUGUAUCUCAAUUCCAGUGGGUCAGAAGUUUACAUACACUAAGUUGAUUGUGCCUUUAAACAGCUUGGAAAAUUCCAGGAAAUGAUGUCAUGGCUUUAGAAGCUUCUGAUAGGCUAAUUGACAUAAUUUGAGUCAAUUGGAGGUGUACCUGUGGAUUCAUUUCAAGGCCUACCUUCAAACUCAGUGCCUCUUUGCUUGACAUCAUGGGAAAAUCAAAAGAAAUCAGCCAAGACCUCAGAAAAAAAUGGUAGACCUCCACAAGUCUGGUUCAUCCUUGGGAGCAAUUUCCAAACGCCUGAAGGUACCACGUUCAUCUGUACAAACAAUAGUACGCAAGUAUAAACACCAUGGGACCACGCAGCCGUCAUACCGCUCAGGAAGGAGACGCGUGCUGUCUCCUAGAGAUUAACGUACUUUGGUGCGAAAAAUGCAAAUCAAUCCCAGAACAACAGCAAAGGACCUUGUGAAGAUGCUGGAGGAAAUAGGUACAAAAGUAUCUAUAUCCACAGUAAAACGAGUCCUAUAUCGACAUAACCUGAAAGGCCGCUCAGAAAGGAAGAAGCCACUGCUCCAAAACCGCCAUAAAAAAGCCAGACUACGGUUUGCAACUGCACAUGGGGACAAAGAUCGUACUUUUGGUCUGGUCUGGUCUGAUGAAACAAAAAUAGAACUGUUUGGCCAUAAUGACCAUUGUUAUGUUUGGAGGAAAAAGGGGGUAACUUGCAAGCCGAAGAACACCAUUCCAACCGUGAAGCACGGGGGUGGCAGCAUCAUGCUGUGGGGGUGCUUUGCUGCAGGAGGGACUGGUGCACUUCACAAAAUAGAUUGCAUCAUGAGGAAGGAAAAUGAUGUGGAUAUAUUGAAGCAACAUCUCAAGACAUCAGUCAGGAAGUUAAAGCUUGGUCGCAAAUGGGUCUUCCAAAUGGACAAUGACCCCAAGCAUACUUCCAACGUGGCAAAAUGGCUUAUGGACAACAAAGUAAAGGUAUUGGAGUGGCCAUCACAAAGCCCUGACCCCAAUCCUAUAGAAAAUGUGUGGGCAGAACUGUAAAAGCGUGUGCGAGCAAGGAGGCCUACAAACCUGACUCAGUUACACCAGCUCUGUCAGGAGGAAUAGCUAAAUUCUGACUAUUGUGAGGAAGUGUUACUGGCUAUGUUGUUGCUACGGUGGCCCAAGGGGGACAAACAACCAUGCCAUUUUUCAAUGUAUGCGGACGUCUUAAGGAUCGCGAUAUAGAGAGGAAGGAGAGAGGGAGGGAGAAGGAGGCUUAGAAGGAGCCCUGUGGAGACAGAUGGGGAGGGAGGGGAAGUGGAGGGAGUGGCCUGUUGGUGGGUGUGUAGGAGUGUGUGUGGUGACUGAGGGAGUGGAGAGGUAGAGGACGUCCUCCCUACUAGAGUGAGCGCAGAGAGAGAGAGAGAGAGAGAGAGCGAGAGAGGACAGACAGGCAGCAGAGCCAGGGGAAGAAGGUAAAUGACACAUUCUAGUUCUUCCACUCUCACGGACCUAGUUGUCCUCUUUGAAUACCUGUCCUUUUUUCAGACUUUUUUCUUCCUUAUCAAAUUCCAUCUAUUUCUCUUUACACAAUUCAUCCAUGUUUCUUCUUGUUUCUCAUUGCGCUGAGACCUGAGGACCUGCCUUUUUGAUAAUUGGGCAGUCAUUUAGAACUUCUAUCAAUUGGUUUCAGAAAUCCAUAGUUAAUAGCAUACAGGUGUGUAGUUGUUGUACAUUGUGCAACUUUACAAAUGGUUAUGUGUCAGAUCUGUCUUCGUGGCCAGGUGUGUGUUGUAUGGAGCAGGUGAGGUAGACCAGACUGGGGGCAGAGACAGUGUUUGUUCACUAAUCUGAUAUGAUCAUAAACCUGUAACAAACUGAGAUGAGCAGUUUAUGAUGACAGGUAUAAUGGGAAGAAAGAUCUGCUGUAGUGAGAGGAUGGAAGAUGGAGAAAGGGAAAAGAAACCGUCACGAAAGGGAGAUGGAUGGCAAAAAUUGAGAGUUGGAUGGAGAGAGGGAGAAACGGCUUUAACUGGACUUUGAAUGAUGUGUGGGUAAUUGAAAAACGGGAAUGAGGCUUAUGGGUGAAUUCUCUGUGGGUUGUCUCUUGUCCAGGUUGUGUGUGUGUGUGAUGCAGAAAUGAUUGAUUUCUACUUCAGUCCUGCUAAUGUAUUUCACUUACUGGAGGUCGGCCGAGUGUAUGUGGUUCCUCAGGCUUUGCCAUUCAGUCAUGGAAAAGGACCCUGUCAGACUUCCCUCAGACAGCCAUGGAGAGGAGAGCCUGACCUCAUCGCAUUCUGACCUCAUCUGCACAAUAAUGGAUUCUGCUUCCAUGGAAAAUGUGUCCAUUCUAACCCAGGUAGCUGCAGUAAUCCCUGGUUUAGUUGAGCUGCCUCUUCUCUGCUCUACUCUGGGUGGUGCAGUAAUCCGUAGUAGUCUGAUUUUGCUCCGUGCUUGUCGGCUCUGCUUCAUUGUUGUUUCUGUGGCUCUGAGGGUUCAGAGGAGUCCAGAUGGCCCACACCUUGGCUGUGAUCAGGCCAGAGGACAGUUGGCAUUUUUGUGUGUUUUUGGGCCAGCGCUUUCACAAUUACAACCCUGACAGACACAAACAGCCUCCUGAACCCGUAUGGUGAGGCCACGAGCCACACAUGAGAGGAGCCCAGCUCAGACUCUGAGGCCUAAGAGCUGAUGAGGCCAGGGCGCUGGAGUGGGACUGCCUCUGCCUUGGUUCCACUCUGUCAGGUCUGCACUGUCAGCCUGGGCCAGAGACCAGAGGCCAGUAAUGACAGCGUGGGAUUAUCUGGGGUGUAUUCAUUAGUUGCAGACCAUUGCAAAAUGUUUGGUCUGUUGCUAAAUGUUUUGCAACGGAAACCAUUUACCGUUUGCUAACAGAAGCAAACAGAUUUAAAAUGGAACGAAACGGGGAGGGACGUACCUGUUUUUGUCCAAUAGAAACUCAAAAAGUGUUCUGUUUGGUGUAAACUGUUUCCUUUGCAAAACGUUUUGCAACAGACCAAACAUUUUGCAAAGAUCUGCGACUAAUGAAUACACCCCUGCUCUCUCUUUUUCUCUCUCAUACACCACUAUCAAUUUUUUUCCUUCUUUCUGUCUCUGUGAGAAGUAUGUUCCCUGUGGUAUAUGGGGAGCUGUGAAAUGAUCACUGUCUGGGUGUCUGUCUCCUGGUCGUGGCAGCUGAGGGGAGGGGUAGAUAAGAGGAAAGGGGGGGGUUAUUUCCAGCUCAAACGUCAUUAUCUCUCCUCCGCUUCUUUGAAUGAAGAACCUUCCUCAGGGAGAGAAUAUUUUAAAGCAACUUCUCUCAUUCUUCUACAGUUUCUCUCUAUGUUAUUUUCUCUGGAUUAGCUAUUCAGGUUUGGGGUGAUUUCUAUUUUAUUUAUUUAGCUAAAGUCACAGUCUGGUCCUGGCUCGUCAGACAGGCUAACGAGUGAUUAAGCUCUCUCCUUUUCCCUCCCUCCCUCCCUCAGGUGUGUUUGUGUGGUACCAGGCUUUGUGUUUGUUCACUCUCUCACCUGACACUCUCUCACCUCCCUCUGAUCACAGCCUGAUUUGAUUUACUUUAUUCACAAGGUGAUUUUUAACCUCCUCAAACUUCUGACACCUUUAUCAGCGCCAGGAUAACACACAUUAAGCAAAUGUGCCAUGUUUGUGUGUCCCAGAUUUGAAGAGUUUAAAGAUGGUGGUGGAUUUGAAUCAAAUAUGCUCCAGGCCUGUGUCUUGUAAUUCACGUGUGUCCCUCCAUAACCACCACCACCUCUGUGUGUGUGCUUCGUUACACUAGGUAGACAUGUAUUAGUAGUGGCACUCUGCUGUAAUUCUGGCACAAACAUUAUGUAGUUUCAGGGCAGAGUAUUUCUCAUGACACCCGUUUAUAGACCAGUGAACCAGACACAGCUCUGGUUUUACUAUUCCUGGAUGCAUUAUGCCAAAUACCUUAUGGUUAUAAAGAAAUUACUUACUGUGAAGUUAUUUCUAAAUAAGCGUGUGUAGAAAGCCCAUAAAACCACCCAAUCCUUUUCCACACAAUACCAGAGAUGCACUUUAGUGGAGAGGUUUGGGGUGAACUGGAGGGAGAGUGUGUGCAUGUGUAGGAGGGAAAGUGUGUGGUCGUGUGUAGGAGGGAAAGUGUGUGGUCGUGUGUAGGAGGGAAAGUGUGUGGUCGUGUGUAGGAGGGAGAGUGUGUGGUCGUGUGUAGGAGGGAGAGUGUGUGGUCGUGUGUAGGAGGGAGAGUAUGGUAGUGUGUAGGAGGGAGAGUGUGUGGUCGUGUGUAGGAGGGAGAGUGUGUGGUCGUGUGUAGGAGGGAGAGUGUGUGGUCGUGUGUAGGAGGGAGAGUGUGUGGUAGUGUGUAGGAGGGAGAGUGUGUGGUAGUGUGUAGGAGGGAGAGUGUGUGGUAGUGUGUAGGAGGGAGAGUGUGUGGUAGUGUGUAGGAGGGAGAGUGUGUGGUAGUGUGUAGGAGGGAGAGUGUGUGGUAGUGUGUAGGAGGGAGAGUUUGUGGUCGUGUGUAGGAGGGAAAGUGUGUGGUAGUGUAUAGGAGGGAGAGUGUGUGGUUAUGUGUAGGAGGGAGAGCGUGUGGUAGUGUGUAGGAGGGAGAGCGUGUGGUAGUGUGUAGGAGGGAGAGUGUGUGGUAGUGUGUAGGAGGGACAGUGUGUGGUAGUGUGUAGGAGGGAAAGUGUCUGGUAGUGUGUAGGAGGGAAAGUGUGUGGUAGUGUGUAGGAGGGAGAGUGUGUGGUAGUGUGUAGGAGGGAGAGUGUGUGGUAGUGUGUAGGAGGGAGAGUGUGUGGUAGUGUGUAGGAGGGAAAGUGUGUGGUAGUGUGUAGGAGGGAAAGUGUAUGGUCGUGUGUAGGAGGGAUAGUGUGUGGUCGUGUGUAGGAGGAAAAGUGUCUGGUCGUGUGUAGGAGGGAAAGUGUGUGGUUGUGUGUAGGAGGGAGAGUGUGUGGUCGUGUGUAGGAGGAAAAGUGUCUGGUCGUGUGUGCGUCCGUGCGUGUGUGUAUGUGUUGGCCUGUUUCUACAGCUGCUCCUCCUGGAGAGUCUCUCAAGGUCAGGCAGCAGGGGCCUACAGCAGUGGCAGCCUCUACAUCUCUCCCUUUCUCUCUCCCUCUGUCUCGACCUCCCAUUUCCUCUCCAUAAGCCAAAACGCUGUGCUCUCUAUUCUACAGUCUCCCUCCUACUGUGUCUUUCCUCUAUCAUGGCAGAUUAUGAAUGAGACCCCGUGUGUUCCUCCUGUCUGGGCUGGCUGUACUGAGGACCAGACGUUACUAACACAGCAGCCCAAGGUGGAGGAGUGAGGGGUCAGAGCGGUCAGGCAGAUGCUAACCCAACCCAGCACACUUCAUGUCAUGUCCAUACAGCUGGGUCACUAACUCCCUUGGUGUAGAAUCCAGCUUCAAAGUAUUAUGGGAUGGUUGGUUGAUUUACCUGCCUGGCUCUCAGGGUGUGUUGUGCUGUGUCUCUCCCAGGGUGAGCAGGGACAGGGUGGAGGCAGCCAACAGCUGUCUUAUCAUCUCAGCCGUAGGCAGGGCCUCAUCAUGGCCUCUCUCUUUGAGGAGCAUUUGACCCUGACAUCACACACAACACUGUUCUGAUUGCCCCAUACAGACUGAGGACUUUGUGCACCUGAUGGUUCUACUUAUCUUCUGAUCAGACCACUGAGAGGGAUGGGAUGGGUGGGGUUCAGCUCAAUGGUGUAGCUGGGCUGGGGCUGACUGACUGUGUUCUAUCUUUGUCAUACUGCAUGUGAGAAGAACUGAAUGCCCUCGUCUCAACUCCAUUGUCUUUGCAUUGAUGCGAAAAAUUGAAAAGCACAGAGUGUCUCUGAUUUACUGUGUUGUUUCUGCAGGACACAGAGAGCGAGAGCCUUGGCGAGCGAGAGAGAAUCAAGUCACAGAUCCGGGAGCUGCGCAGCCACCAGACGCAGCAGGGCAGAGAGCUGCAGAGGACAGGUGAGCAAUGUCAAAGACCAUCUGAAUGAGUGGUUGACUGUUCCUUUCCCCUAAGCCAGUCCAUAGGUCCAACACACACACACGCACACACACACGCACACACACACACACACACACACACACAGGCACACUCAGACACACAGUUUAUUUGCUUCCUGCCAUUUAAAUCUCUGUUUUAUAUAUGGCAUGCUUUUAUGAUCAUGUUUGCAUUAGCUUAAGGGUCAAGUUUGGAUAGGCAAUUAUACUUAAACAUAACAUUGAUUCAAAUAUUGCCGGUAUUUCCACACAUAUGCACUUAGAUGCAAUUUCCUCUGGCCUGCUAGUGAAAAUAGCCAGCCAAUAGAGCCAUUCUGCUGUAGGGGAGGGGAGGGAAGGGGAGGGGAGUGGAGCUGAGGCGGUCGGUCACAUUGGUUUAGAUUUUGUUUAGCUCCUCCUCUUUAUUUUCAGGUUAGAGGCACCACAGUCAUGGGACUAACACUCUGGUUUUGGGUGUGAGUCAUUUCAUUAACCACUGUUAACAAACACAGUGAAUGCUUUACUAUAGGUGUGCUAUCUUCAUCCAUGACCUUUUGACUUGUACACCCACUCCCAAAGUGAUUUAAUUCAAAUGUUUAAAUGAGAAAGGACCGGUAAAGGGCUAGAGUGAAAGAGCAAGAUAUAGGAGAGAAGAAUAGCUGAAAGAAGCAUGCAGUAGAAUAGAGAAUUUGUUUACGGCCAUACAGAUUUGAAUGCCUGAAUCUAAAGUGAGUAAGUAUUUGUUGAACAAAUAUACCCGCCUCUAAUAUGUUUUUGUUGUUGUUGCUGAAAGGUCAGUCUUUUUCUUAUCGGGGCAUCCACCUCAAUGUUGUCCUGAACCUGGCUGGUCCCUGGCUGGGUCCUUUGAUCAUAAUUAAAUCAUGGUGUGUAUCCCAAAUAGCACCCUAUUGCAUAUAUUGUGUACUACUUUUGACUAGAGCCAUAUGAGGCUAUGAGAAUAGGGUGCCAUUUGGGACGCACCCCGUGUGGUCUGGCCUGCCCUUGGACCUCAGCACCCCACUCAUCAGCCAGCGUCUGGUAGUAGUGGGGUUAUGAGACGGAACAGGAAUAUCACCUGUUCAAGGAGGAACCCACAGCCUAGUGAUACCUCUGCUAUUUAAAGCACAUACCAGAACUAGAACAGAAUCCUUUCUUGACAUGGACCAGAAGCUCCCUGCUCUGCCCUCGCCCUGCAAUUUGGUCCGGGGUGAAAUCAGGGCUAGCAGCCGGCAGGAGCAGACCUCCACAGAGCAGAGGGAUUGAGGGUAGGAGCUGUUUGAAAUGGACGCCGAUACACAAAGACACAGGAAGUUAGUGGCUGGGAACAGACAGGAUAGGGUGGGGUGGGUUUGGCCAGGGGCAAGGGGGGUGAGAUGUCCUUUUUAACAGAGAAGGAGAGAAGUGGCUAGAAAGAGAGGACUAAACUUUGAAGAUUAGGGGUGUACUAUGGCACACUGGCUGCCACACACACACACACACACACCACUCUCUCCCUUUUCACACACACCUCUCUCUCCCUUUUCACACACACACACCUCUCUCCCUUUUCAUACACACACACUCUCAUGCUUAAAUAUACAGCUGCAUGUCUUGCACACGUAUACAUGCUCACAGUCCACAGUGUUGGUGACAAGGCUGUGAUUUAGGAAAUUACCCGUUUGAGAGACAGAGCACAUUCCACUGAGCCACUUUGAGUGACAGGGAGCCAGACUCCUCAAAUUUGAACUUGACACUGAAAAGACCGCUUUUGUUGUUGUUGCUAUUUAGUUUUUUGUGUUCGUUAAGAAGGGUUAGGGGAGGGGGGGCUCUCUGCAUUAUUCACUAGUGUGGUUAUUUAAAACCAUCCUCUCAUUAUCCAAGAGUAGUAGGGGUUUUCCCAGAAACCCUCACAACAGGGCACAAUGGACUGGACACAAUGAUGUACAAACAUCAUCCCUUUAACUAUAGUUAUCUUUUAAUUGGAGUUGACUGGGGCCUUCAUUAGAUCACGUGGUCUAUUUUAUAGGGCCUCGUGUGAGAAAGGCAGCCAUGUUGUGAUUUUCGAAGUGAAUGCAUAUAAUACACAGUCUAUAACUAUUUCAUCAACUAAUCAAGUGAACUUCAUCCUGCCCCUGGCUCUGAGAGGCCUUCAGAGGGACUUGAAAAGGCUGCUGAGGCUGUGGCUGUCUUAAACCAGAAUGGUGCUUUCCCACACUGAUUUGGUUUGUAAAUGACACACCUGCACGCUUUGUGAACUCUGUUUGAAUAGGACACAUAACUAGGGUAUGCAGAGAUGUGUUAUCAUACAAUGAUGUGUCUCUCCCUGUACAGCCCCCAGAGUUAGGCACUGAGCAGUGAGCACCACAGGGUGAGGGGUAGAUUGAGAGAGGGAGAGAGAGAGACGGGGCGAGAGACUCUGGCUCUAGGAGGGGGAGGAUGUGGGCAUUGCAGCGUUGUUUGGAGUGUGGUUUCCUGAUGAGAGGAGGAGGAAUGAAGGAGGUUGGAUACGGACCGGGGGAGGGGAAGUACUUGUCCUAGUCUCUAUUUCACCCCCACUUCCCCCUACACUUCCUACUGCUCGGUUACCACCUACUGUUAUGGCGCUUUCUCUCUCACAUACACAUACACACACACACACACGUAGACAUCUGGUCCAGGAAUUGAGUCAGGCCUGAAGGAAAUGCCUACAAUCCCUUAUGUCUCCACGUGACCCCUCUCGUUUCCCCAGUGACGCUCACACGUCUCUCCCUCUGUGCUCUUGGGGAUUUGGCGUCUGCAGAAACCUUUCAUAUCCAUCAGCAGUCCACAAGUUCUCCAGCAACCAACCGCUCACGUGACCCCACAUUCCAUAUUUUUUAUGUUCGGUCAGAGAAUUGUACAGAGCAGAGUUGUAUUUCCAUGGUGUUCCUCUGCACUAUACUAGAUAUAAUCAUGGGUAUGUUCCACUGUGUUCCACUCACUGUAUUGUGGUGGUUGUGUUCCGUAGGCUCCAACUCAGGCAUGGUUCUGGUUCUGGACCCCCUGGUGAGGGAGGAGGUCUCGGGGCCUCUGCUGACCCGCCCAAAGAUCUGGGACCCUGUGACAUCAUCAGAGCUGGACGUGGUCCUGUCCCACAGCCAGCGCUCUGACUCGACAGCCUCGGACCGCAGCCAGGCCUCCAGGCCCCGUCUGGACUCUGGAGCCUCAGAGAAGAGCCUAGGUCUGGGCUCAGCCUUCCGGACCAGGGUGGACUCAGGAGCGUCAGAAAAGAGCCUAGGUCUGGGCUCAGCCUUCCGGACCAGGGUGGACUCAGGAGCGUCAGAAAAGAGCCUGGGUCUGGGCUCAGCCUUCCGGACCAGGGUGGACUCAGGAGCGUCAGAAAAGAGCCUGGGUCUGGGCUCAGCCUUCAGGACCAGGGUGGACUCGGGAGCAUCAGACAGAAGCCAGUGUUCAGUCCACAGAGGCAGAUUGGACUCUGGGGCUUCCGAGUCCCGCAUCAGACCGAGACUGGACUCUGGCACGUCAGACUCCAGCGUGGGACCACCAGCCCCUUUAGGCUCUGAGACCUCUGACAGCGCGGGGCUGCUGUCACGGAAACGGCUGGACUCUGGGACGUCUGACCUGAGCGUGAGUGUGUCUUCUGUGGGACGGGGCCGAGUGGAGGAGCCAGAGGUGACCAUGAGUAGCUCCUCCUCCAGCACAGACUCAGAGGCUGAGAGCACCAACCACCUUUCAGCCCAACCCCGCCUAGACCGCUCCUCUACCAACCGUGAUCAGCCUGAUCGGGCCGUCCUAUCCAGAAAAGCCUCAGGCUCCCACAGUGGCCUGCUCAAUGGCAGUUCCAAGGGGAGAGGAGACAUCCAGGAACAGAAGGUACAGUCUUGUUUAAUCUUCCUGGGUGAUGCUUGCUGGUAUGAUCUGCUGUGUCUUGAGGUAGAACAUUAGAAUAUGUAGGUUAUCACACCACUAGAUGGGGAUGUUGAGCAAUUAUAAUGAGGCUACAAUGUUCGCGCACUCUCCUAGUGUCCCUCUCCUGCACCUCUCUGAUUCAGAGGGGUUGUGUUAAAUGCGGAAGACACAUUUCAGUUGAAUGCAUUCAGGUGUGUGACUGACUAGGUAUCCCGUUUCCCUUCUCUUUCCCUCCAUCCCUCCCUCUAUUUUGAAACACUAGUUCUCGGCACCUUUGUCACGGCAGCAGCUACAGUGGGGGAAAAAAGUAUUUAGUCAGCCACCAAUUGUGCAAGUUCUCCCACUUAAAAAGAUGAGAGAGGCCUGUAAUUUUCAUCAUAGGUACACGUCAACUAUGACAGACAAAAUGAGGGGAAAAAAUCCAGAAAAUCACAUUGUAGGAUUUUUAAUGAAUUUAUUUGCAAAUUAUGGUGGAACAUAAGUAUUUGGUCAAUAACAAAAGUUUCUCAAUACUUUGUUAUAUACCCUUUGUUGGCAAUGACACAGGUCAAACGUUUUCUGAAAGUCUUCACAAGGUUUUCACACACUGUUGCUGGUAUUUUGGCCCAUUCCUCCAUGCAGAUCUCCUCUAGAGCAGUGAUGUUUUGGGACUGUCGCUGGGCAACACAGACUUUCAACUCCCUCCAAAGCUUUUCUAUGGGGUUGAGAUCUGGAGACUGGCUAGGCCACUCCAGGACCUUGAAAUGCUUCUUACGAAGCCACUCCUUCGUUGCCCGGGCGGUGUGUUUGGGAUCAUUGUCAUGCUGAAAGACCCAGCCACGUUUCAUCUUCAAUGCCCUUGCUGAUGGAAGGAGGUUUUCACUAAAAAUCUCACGAUACAUGGCCCCAUUCAUUCUUUCCUUUACACGGAUCAGUCGUCCUGGUCCCUUUGCAGAAAAACAGCCCCAAAGCAUGAUGUUUCCACCCCCAUGCUUCACAGUAGGUAUGGUGUUCUUUGGAUGCAACUCAGCAUUCUUUGUCCUCCAAACACGACGAGUUGAGUUUUUACCAAAAAGUUAUAUUUUGGUUUCAUCUGACAUUCUCCCAAUCCUCUUCUGGAUCAUCCAAAUGCACUCUAGCAAACUUCAGACAGGCCUGGACAUGUACUGGCUUAAGCAGGGGGACACGUCUGGCACUGCAGGAUUUGAGUCCCUGGCGGCGUAGUGUGUUACUGAUGGUAGGCUUUGUUACUUUGGUCCCAGCUCUCUGCAGGUCAUUCACUAGGUCCCCCCGUGUGGUUCUGGGAUUUUUGCUCACCGUUCUUGUGAUCAUUUUGACCCCACGGGGUGAGAUCUUGCGUGGAGCCCCAGAUCGAGGGAGAUUAUCAGUGGUCUUGUAUGUCUUCCAUUUCCUAAUAAUUGCUCCCACAGUUGAUUUCUUCAAACCAAGCUGCUUACCUAUUGCAGAUUCAGUCUUCCCAGCCUGGUGCAGGUCUACAAUUUUGUUUCUGGUGUCCUUUGACAGCUCUUUGGUCUUGGCCAUAGUGGAGUUUGGAGUGUGACUGUUUGAGGUUGUGGACAGGUGUCUUUUAUACUGAUAACAAGUUCAAACAGGUGCCAUUUAUACAGGUAACGAGUGGAGGACAGAGGAGCCUCUUAAAGAAGAAGUUACAGGUCUGUGAGAGCCAGAAAUCUUGCUUGUUUGUAGGUGACCAAAUACUUAUUUUCCGCCAUAAUUUGCAAAUAAAUUCAUAAAAAAUCCUACAAUGUGAUUUUCUGGAUUUUUUUCUUCUCAAUUUGUCUGUCAUAGUUGACAUGUACCUAUGAUGAAAAUUACAGGCCUCUCUCAUCUUUUUAAGUGGGAGAACUUGCACAAUUGGUGGCUGAAUACUUUUUUCCCCCACUGUAUAAACAUCUCAUCUUUCUCUGUAUGUCUUUUAAUAGCUUUGUUAAACUAUGGUUAAUUGGCUACACAAAUAAACUCAGCACCUCAGAGCCGGGCCCAAGUCCUUUGUUGUGCACAGCUGGUUCUGGUUCCCCUCAGAUCUCUGUCUCCCUCACCUGCUGUCAGAGGGAGAGCCGCUGGGGCUGGCCAGCAACAGCCAAACACACAGGCAGUAGAAUAUUGUUUGCUCAACGCCCUCAUCAGGGACUUGGUCACCAUGACACCACGUCGUCAUCCUUAUCGGGAGUGUUUACCCAACACAGGCUACAGGCUCUUUUAUAGAGCCCUGCAAUAUAAUAUGCUUGUGUUCCGUAUGUUUACAUUACACUGGAGGUUCAGGCACAUCGUGGCCCCAUGGCCCCUUGAUCAGCCAAAAAAAGAACAGAGACACAAACUUGUCUCCCUCGCUCUAAACACUGUUACAUAAUGCAAACACUACCCUGGUCACCUGUAUGUGUGUUCACGUGGAUGUCACCGUGACAAGUCUGAUCCUCCCUGCCCCAAGUGCCUUGCCAUCCCAUUGAUCUGCACUAUUGCCCUGUGAUGCUUUACUGUGUUCCAUUUUAUUCUAAACUAUUUCUCUCUCUCUCUCAUUUUCAGGUCAGAGAUACUUUAUUCACUACUCUCAGCAAAGCAAAGGAUGCAGGUGAGCAUGUUUACAGAUACAAACCUUAUCUUUGUGUGUGUGUACAGUGCCUUUAGAAAGUAUUCAUACCCCUUGACUUAAUUGACAAUUUGUUGUUACAACCUGAAUUCAAAAUGGAUUAAUAGAUGUUAUGGUCAUCCAUCUACACACAAUAACCCCUAAUGACAAAAUGAAAACAUUUUUUUAGAAAUAUUUGCUUAUUAAAAAUGAAAUACAGAAAUAUCUCAUUUACAUAAGUAUUCACACCCCUUUGCUAUGACGCAUCCAAUUUCCUUUGAUCAUCCUUGAGAUGUCACUACAACUUGAUUGGAGUCCACCUGUGGCCAAUUCAAUUGUUUGGACAUGAUUUAGAAAGAAAACACCUGUCUCUAUAAUGUCCCACUGUUGACAGUGCAUGUCAGAGCAGAAACUAUACCAUGAAGUCCAAGGAACUGUCUGUAGAUCUCAGAGAUAGAAUUGUGAUGAGGCAUAUAUCUGGGGAAGGGUAUAAAUCAAUUUCUAGAGUGUUGAAAGUUUCCAAGAGCACAGUGGUGUCCGUCAUUGGAAAAUGGAAAAGAUAUGGAGCUACCAGACUCUGCCUAGAGCUGGCCAUCCGACCAAACUGAGCAACCGGGCAAGAAGGACCUUGGUCAGUGAGGUGACCAAGAACCCAAUGACCACUGUUGGAGUCAGUUUCUAUAUUUCUUUGGUUAUGCAAAUAUUUGUUUAUUAUACAACGGGUGGGUCUAAUCCUGAAUGCUGAUUGGUUAAAACCGCAUUCCAGCCGGGGUCUAUUCCACAAGUUACCACCAGCUAAAUCUAUGACGUUAAAAUGCCUAUUUACUCUGUUCGAUCUGACUGCGCAAUCCACUGUCUCGUCAGCCCAGCCAGGCAAUUUAUUAACUUGAUCUCAACUAUAAAAAGCAUUUAGACAUUCUCACAUUUCUUUUAGACUAACAUUUAGUUUUCAACAGCGGAGAUUUGUAUAAACCUUGCUGUCUGUCCCUCCGACAUUUGCAACAUUGUUUCAAUAUUCUAAUUUGAUCUCCAGCUGUCGCAUAGUAGUAAUAAACGUGUCGGGAUGAGACAGACAGGCAGCUUUUCUCAGCCAGUGGAAAUCAUGAAUCUGCAUCAUUUUUAUGGAUAUAUACAAAUAAAUAUCAAUAGAAAACAGGUUAAAUGAAACAAAGUGCAGCUAGUUUGCAGUCUUUCCAUCUUCAGUUUGAUGUGAUUGUGUUAGCUGUGCUGUUGGGUAGCUCCUCUGAACAACAGUGUCCUGAGGAGAGAGCACAUUUUCUAUGCCAGAUGAAAUCACGCCUCAUUAGCUCAUUGUUAUGGAUGUAUCCAAAUAAAUGUCACUAGAAAACGGCUUAUGCAAAUGCAGCUACUUUGUUGUUAUUCUGGCUGCACUGUUUGACGUGACUGUAAGUUAUCCGUAGUUGGCUAGCUAGCGAGGGAUAAGAACGUUGCCAGCCAGUAUGGCAAUAGAACAUUUAGAAUGAACGGUUGGGUCGCGUCCAUAGAUACAGAACAAAAAGACUGAACGACUGGGUUGCCUCUCUGGCAACCGAACCGAUAGAACGAAUGACUAGCCGGCUUGGUUAGCAACCCUAGAUUUGUGUCAGGACUGUAUCUUGUGGAAGGAUGAAAUAGUAUGAAUAAAUUCAUUAAAAUAACAUUUUUAAUGAAAAUAUGUAAAUCAUUAUUUGAAUAUGUUGGAAACCCGUUGUAUAAAAGUGAUAAUGGCCCCGUGUAGCUCAGUUGGUAGAGCAUGGCGCUUGCAACGCCAGGGUUGUGGGUUCGUUCCCCACGGGGGGCUAGUAUGAAAGUAUGUAUGCACUCACUAACUGUAAGUCGCUCUGGAUAAGAGCGUCUGCUAAAUGACUAAAAUCUAAAAAUGUUUUUAAAAUAAUGCCCUCGAAGCUGGUGUUUGGAGGAUAUAUACCUUCAUACGAUGCCACCUUUCCAAGAAGUCAGUUCGUAAAAUUUCUUCCCUGCUAGAGCUGCCCUGGUCAACUGUAAGUGCUGUUAUUAUGAAGUGGAAACGUCUAGGAGCAACAAUGACUCAGCCGCGAAGUGGUAGGCCACACAAGCUCACAGAAUGGGACCGGCAAGUGCUGAAGCACGUAGCGCAUAAAAAUUGUUUGUCCUCGGUUGCAACACUCACUACCAGGUUCCAAACUGCUCAUCGGGAUCUUCAUGAAAUGGGUUUCCGUGGCCAAGCAGCCGCAAACAAGCCUAAGAUCACCAUGCGCAAUGCCAAGCGUCGGCUAGAGCAGUGGUUCCCAACCUGGGGCUAGAGUUCACAGGGGGGGCGCGUGAUCUCAUUUGCUUUGAGGUCAAACAUGCAUAAAAUGUUCCACUAUAAUUUAAUUGUAAAAUUAAUACAUUGUAAAAUGUUAUUAAAAAUCAUAUGCUUGCAAUGCCAAGGCCAAUCUAAACAAUAAUAAUAAUAAUGGCAGAGAAACUUAAAAGCGGUAAUUCCCCGGAAAAAUUUUUUGCACGUCAAUGACCCGCGCUCAAACAGUUUCAGCUAUCAGCUCGUUUUUCCUGCAGUCAGAGCAUCACUAUUUUAUGAAUAAAACAACAUGUCUAAGAAACAUAAAAGUGCUGAUGACUCAUCAUCAAAAAAGAAAGUAAGGCUAUAUCUCGAGAGUUAUCUUAACUUCGGUUUUAUUGAAGGACUCGGCCAGAAUGUGUCAUUUGUGGCGAGAAGCUAGCUAAUGACAGCAUGAAGCCAAGCAAAAUGCAACGACACCAGGAAACAAAACACCAGGAGACAAUUGGUGAAGGUCAGGAUUUUUUUGAGAGGAAGAAGCAGGUGGCACUAUCAAAAAGAUCCACAGACAUCAGAAAAGCAUUUGAAAGAGCAGGCAGUGAUUUACACAGAGCCACGGAGGCAUCAUUUGAUUGUUCGCUAUUAAUUGCCAAGGCUAAAAAGCCGCACAAUUCUGGAGAGCAGCUAAUCAAAUUUUUAUAGCUAUGGACUCGUAUCUCUCGUCCAACAAUCUGCCUUAUGAGAAUAUUGUUGCAUGCUGCACUGAUGGGGCUGCAGCGUUGAUGGGCAAAAACAAGGGAUUUAACAGCCGAUUUAAGGAAAAAGCCCCAGGGUGCGCAAUUUUCCACUGCAUGCUACAUCGCCAAGCAUUGACCAGUAAAACACUUUUGGAAGACCUUAGUAACACGUUGGCAACUGUUAAAGUUGUAAACUUCAUUAAGGCUCGCCCUACUAACAAGAGACUGUUUGCCCAGCUGUGUGAGGAUGAAGCGCAUCAAACACUGCUGUUACACACAGAGAUACACUGGUUGUCACGUGGACAAGUGCUUGUGCGUUUUAUAGAACUGCAGGAAAAAAUAAAGGAAUUCUUGCAAGAUCACAAUCGACCACUGUGCGAACAGCUGGCUGAUGCAUUCACUCUCUACAAUGAGACAAACAAGAGGAUGCAGGGUCCUGAAUCAAACAUCAUGCAGUGCAAAGACGCUCUCGUCGCUUUUGUGCGGAAACUGAAGUACAGAGUUGGAAAAAUGUCAAAAGGGGAGCUACAACAAUUUCCACUGCUGAUGAAACUGCUGAUGAAAUUUCCACUGUGCCUGCGUCUUUACGCACUGAGUUUACCCGGCACAUGAACAUGCUUUGGGAGGAAAUUAAAUCCUGUUUUGCCGAUGUUGCCGAAUACUUAUCAAAGGAAUCGUGGGUGAUGGACCAUUACAUUUGCAGUCUUGAGGACGUGGAAUACCUCGGCUGUGAAGAUGAGCUUGCUGACCUUCAAGCCGAUUCUGUGUCAAAUACAUAUUUCCACGAGAACGGAUACAAAAAGUUUGGGAUUGUCAAAGGACACGCUGUUGCACCCAGACUGGCCAAACACGCAGCUACAACGGUUAUUCUACCAUCGAAUCUGGGUUUGGCUGUUGCCAGGAGAAUGCUACCUGCCCGAAUGCAUAGUGCCAACUGUAAAGUUUGGUGGAGGAGGAAUAAUGGUCUGGGGCUGUUUUUCAUGGUUCGGGCUAGGUCCCUUAGUUCCAGUGAAGGGAAAUCUUAACGCUACAGCAUACAAUGACAUUCUAGACGAUUCUGUGCUUCCAACUUUGUGGCAACAGUUUGGGGAAGGCCCUUUCCUGUUUCAGCAAGAAACCCUGUGCACAAAGCGAGGUCCAUAUAGAAAUGGUUAGUCGAGAUCGGUGUGGAAAAACUUGACUGGCCUGCCCCGAGCCCUGACCUCAACCCCAUCAAACACCUUUGGGAUGAAUUGGAAUGCCGACUGCGAGCCAGGCCUAAUCGCCCAACAUCAGUGCCCGACCUCAUUAAUGCUCUUGUGGCUGAAUGGAAGCAAGUCCCUGCAACAAUGUUCCAACAUCUAGUGGAAAGCCUUCCCAUAAGAGUGGAGGCUGUUAUAGCAGCAAAGGGGGGACCAACUUCAUAUUAAUGCCCAUGAUUUUGGAAUGAGAUGUUCGAUGAGCAGGUAUCCAAAUAUAUUUGGCUGUGUAGUGUAGGUUAAUUGGGUAUUUAGAGACAGAAAGCCGCUACAACCACUCUGACAGAAUUAGAGUUUCUUGGCUGAGAUGGGAAAACCUGCCAGAAGGACAAACUCGAUCCUGGGACCCCCUUGGUUGCACAUUUUGUUUUUUGCCCUAGCAUUUCACAGCUGAUUCUAAUAAUCAAAGCUUGAUGAUGACUUGGUUUGGCAAAAACCAAAACGUGCACCCAGGGGGUGCCCCAGGACCGAGUUUGGUGAAGUGCUGUAAAGCAGAUUUUCCCAAUCUGGGAGAGUGGCCAGAUGGAAGCCACUCUUGAGAAAAAGGCCCAUGACAGCACACCUGGAGUUUGCAAAAAGGCACGUGAAAGACUGAGAGCAUAAGGAAAAAGAUGAUGUGGUCUGAUGAGACAAAAAAUUUACUUUUGGGUCUGAAUGCAAAGCGCUAUGUCUGGAGAAAACCAGGCACAGCUCAUCACCCAUCUAACACCAUCCCUACCGUGAAGCAUGGUGGUGGCAGCAUCAUGCUAUGGGGAUGCUUUUCAGUGGUAGGUACUGGGAGACUGGUAAGGAUAGAGGGAACAAUGAAUGGAACCAAAUACAGGCAAAUCCUUGAUGUGAACCUGCUUCAGCGUGCAAACGACCAUAGACUGAGGCAAAGAUUUACGUUCCAACAGGACAAUGACCCUAAGCAUACAGCCAAAGCAACGCUGGAAUGGCUUCAGAACAAGAAUGUGGAAGACCUUGAGUGGCCCAGCCAAAGCCCAGACUUGAAUCCCAUUGAAAAUCUGUGGAGAGACUUGAAAAUUGCUGUUCACCGCCGCUCCCCAUCUAAUUUAACAGAGCUUGAGAAAAUCUGCAAGGAAGAAUGGAAGAAAAUCCCCAAAGCUGAUACAGACAUACUCAAGAUGACUCAAAGCUGUAAUCGACGCCAAAGGUGCUUCUACAAAGUAUUGACUCAGGUGUGAAUACUUAUGUAAAUGAGAUACUUCUGUAUUUCAUUUUCAAUACAUUUGCAACAAUUUCUAAAAACAUGUUUUUACUUUGUCAUUAUGGGUUAUUAUGUGUAGAUGGGCGAGAUAUUUUUGUAAAAAAAAUCCAUUUUGAAUUCGGGCUGUAACGCAACAAAAUGUUGAAUAAUCAAGCGGUAUGAAUACUUUCUGAAGGCACUGCAAGCACUUACGGGUCAUGGAUUUUUUUGUCCUGUAUACUUUGUAAAUGAAUAAUAAGGGUGAAAAUGAUGGAUAAUGUGCACAAUUAUCGAUAUAUUUUAUACUAGUUAUCAUACAAAUAAUUAUUUAAAGCUGUAAUAUGUACACUGAAAAAAUAUAUAAACGCAACAUGUUGGUCUCAUGUUUCAUGAGAUGAAAAAAAAAAUCCAGAAAUGUUCCAUACGCACAAAAAGCUUAUUUCUCUCAAAUUGUGUGCACAAAUUUGUUUACAUCCCUGUUAGUGAGCAUUUAUCCUUUGCCAAGAUAAUCCAUCCACCUGACAGGUGUGACAUAUCAAGAAUCUGAUUAAACAGCAUGAACAUUACACAGGUGCACCUUGUCCUGGGGACAAUAAAAGGCCACUCUAAAAUGUGCAGUUUUGUCACACAACACAAUGCCACAGAUGUCUCAAGUUUUGAGGGAGCGUGCAAUUGACAUGCUGACUGCAGGAAUGUCCACCAGAGCUUUUGGCAUAGAGUUGAAUGUUAAUUUCUCUACCAUAAGAAGCCUCCAACGUUGUUUUAGAGAAUUUGGCAAGACAUCCAACCGGCCUCACAACCGCAGACCACGUGUAACCACGCCAGCCUGUGGGGGGUGGGGGGUCUGAGGAGUAUUUCUGUCUGUAAUAAAGCCCUUUGUGGUGACAAUCUCAUUCUGAUUGGCUGGGCCUGGCUUCCCAGUGGGUGGGCCUGGCUGCCAAGUGGGUGGGCCUAUGCCCUCCAAAGGCCCACCCAUGGCUGCACCCAUGCCCAGUCAUGUGAAAUCCAUAUAUUAGGGCCUAAUGAAUUUAUUUCAAUUGACUGAUUUCCUUAUAUGAACUGUAACGCAGUAAACUCUUUGAAAUUGUUGCAUGUUGUGUUUAUAUUUUUGUUCGUAUAACUUUUUCAGUGACUUGACCAAAUUCACAUAGAAAUGUGUGUUAUAUAUCUGUCAUUCUCAUCGAAAGCAAGUCUAAGAAGCGGUAGAUCUGUUCUAUGUGCGCUAUUUCUAUACUUCCCGUUCUUACGUUUUGUUUUUAUGUCUUUUAAUUUUGGCUUUGUACACCAGCUUCAAUCAGCUGAAAAUACAACAUUUUUGGUUAUAGAAAAUAUAUUUCACAGCGGUUUAGAUGGUACAAUGAUUCUCUACACUAUACUUGCUUGUUUUGUCACAUAAACUGAAAUUAAGCGAACUAUUAGAAUAUUAGCCACCAGGAAAUGGCAGAGCGAUUUCUGCGUAGUGCGUCUUUAAAAUAUUUCUGAGAUAUGUGAUUUAGUUGUUUAUUUUUUCAAGCCUAAAUGGUCAACAAUGUUUUUUGUGUGUGUACUCCUAUCAUUUAUUGGACUGUACAAAAUGUUCUGUACAUUGUGUCCAGUAAAAGUGGUGUCCAUUCUACUCAGGAGCACUUGUAGUUUCCAAAUCCACAGAAUUUACACCCCAAUCAAUCAUCGCUGCUAAUGUUGUGUCCCUUAUAGCCCCCAUGCAGUCUUUUUAACUGUAUUUUUAAAUCAUCACUCUGUCUAAUAGAUAACUGUGUUUAUUUAAUGAAAAUAAUUCAAAUAUACAUUUUUUAAUCAUUUAUUUCCCUGAGCCUCUUUUGGCCAUUGGAAUGCUCCGUCUGAUCAUAUGGGCGUUAGGUCAGAUAUUUACAUACACAGCCCUGACUUUGUCAUUAUGGGAUGUUGUUUGUAGAUGACAAAAUGUGGAGUAAGUCAAGGGGUAUGACAUACUUUCUGAAGGCACUAUAGAUGUAAUAACCUGACAUUUAAAGUGGGAGCCAGACCGGAUGUGUGCCUCAUUACUUGUGCUUUACUGUUCAACUCCACCGGCAGUGUUGAUAACAUCACACCAGAGGACCUGUGAGCUGGAAGCCCUUAGUGCUGCUGAGUUAUAGCUGUUCCUCUAAUAUCAAGACGUCCUGCUCCCUAACUCCUACAGUUGAAUGGCUUCCAUUUCGAAGGAGCCUUGCAGGGCCAGCAUGGCCGUAUAGGGCCUGUCAUACAGGGGAAGGUGUGAGGUGCACCGCUAGAGGACUGGAUAGAGAUACGAGUGCACAGGGUCAUCUAUCUGUCUGUGUGUGUGCGCACGUUUGUCUUUAAACUCUCUGUCCCAUGUAAACACUGGUCCGUGUCCGCAAAUGUUUUGCCUCCAUAAGGGAGACGUCGGAUUGUACCUUUAUCCUCUUAUAUCCUUCUUUUUUUGUCUUUCGCUCCCUAGCUCUGGGCCCUUCGUUAUAAUCUCCUCUCUGUGGCCCUAGGCUCCUAAAACGUUGUGAUUCUCAAGCACACUAAAUCGAUAUUAUUAAGCGGGAGGGAACUGAUUCCGUAAAUGAGUGGAGCCUUUCCCUGCAUGUGAUGAAAGCAGACCAUCAUUCUACUGUACAUAAAGGAGCAGGAAUCCAGAAACACUCAGGCAACCUAGAAAUAUAGCAAAUCUGUCAGCUUAUGGCCAAUGCUGACGCACUGAAGGAGAGGGAGAAUGAGGGAAGGCGAGGGGGAUUGAAGAAAAGGAGGGGGGCUGGAAAAAGGGGGAGAGCGAGAGAGAGAGAGGGAGUUUGAGAGAAGGGAAAUAAAAUCAAGGGAUUUGUAGAGCGCUUUAGGAUGAGGAGUGAGGCAGUGAGUGUGCUGCUUUGCGUUCUGGGGAUUUUAGUCAUAUUGCCCCGCUGAAGACUUUGAAAUGUUUCCAGUCUUUGUGUGUCAGCUGUACUGGAGGGCUGGGUAAUUAACUACUGAGUUUGUAUUACUUGACUGUGUCUGUGUUCCUCUGUUCUUUGCUACUGUGUGUAAAUCAUUUCCACUAACAUGUUGUCUGUGUUUUGCAGUGCCUGAGAAGAAGGAGACGGUUGUCUUGGCCCCGUUUGGCCGGGUUAACUCUGUGCGGGACCGUAUGCGUAAGUUCACAGAGCCCAGCCCCAGUCCCAGUGACCCGUUCCUGAAGAGGGGCUCUCAGUCUCUGAGGAACGGGACAGCCCCCAGUGCCCGAGUCCUAGGCAGAGCCAACGAGCUGAGUGAGGGGCGAGCAGCAGGGCCAGCCAACCAAACAGCAGGGACCACAGCAGUAUCCAUCAGCACCCCUACAGACAGGCACGGGAGACCGCAUGUAGGUUCUACAUCCUACUCUUCAUCCUCCUCUUCCUCAGAGAACCUUGUCCAAUGCAAGGGCACAAUUCAGUCAGGAGGCGUGGCCACCAAAGAUCUGCAAACCGCUGCUCAAUCCAUGAGCACUGUAGGCGGAGCGAAGCAGCCGGCUGAAAAGCUGCUGCACUCCUCGGGCAUCUCAAAGGAAGACAAGACCCCAGGGAGCCAGGGAGAGGCAGACCCCGACAUGAAGACCUUCCUAACUAUCGAGAUCAAAGAUGGACGCACCAUCAGCACCUCCUCCUCCUCCUCUUCCUCUUCCUCUAGAGGCAACCUGGCCUCCAUGACCCCCAUGGCCCCACGCAUCACCACCAACGCCAUGGGACAGAGAGCAGGUAGGAGCACUGCCUAAUGGAUGCUAGAUAUACUUCUGGUUCCAGAUUCUUUAUCUUUACAGACCAUAGCUUUUGAUAGAUUUGAGUUAAAUCCAAAAACAGAAGUUGAUCUAUGAAAUGAUGCGUUACCAGUGGUACCAGGCAGACUGAGUGCCUUGAGCCUACAUCAGUCAUAGACUUGCCUUUAAAUAUUUUCUCCCUUUUAAAUCUUAGAAUAGAUCAGCAAACAUUACCAGUGGAGCAUUUUGGGCCAUUUUCCAUCCCUCCAGCCCAGUGUACUGCAGCAGAUCAUAGGCACUGGUUCUGUGUGUGGAGGCAGACAGUGUAGAUACUGUGUGUUUCCUGCUCUGUCCCAGCUCCACCUCUGCAUGCUAAUAUCAGCCUUGAGAUCCCACUGGAAUCCCUGUUGCCUUGGGCCACCAGAGAUGCCACAGGGACA